AUGUUGGAGAGCCCGCAGGACGAGAGUAUAGUACGAUGGGGCAAUGAAGGCGACAGUUUCGUCGUUCUCGAGAAUGAAAAAUUCACGAAGCAUAUCCUGCCCAAGCACUUCAAACACAGCAACUUCGCCAGUUUCGUGCGUCAGCUCAACAAAUACGAUUUCCACAAAGUCCGACAUAACAAUGAAGAGGGCGGCGUGUCUCCCUAUGGCGCUGGUGCGUGGGAAUUCAAGCACCCCGACUUCAAAGCCAACAACAAGGAUGCGCUGGACAACAUCCGCCGAAAAGCACCUGCGCCGCGCAAGCCCAAUGCCAUGAUGGACGACAUGAUGCCAACUCAGCAGAUGGACCUAUUCAACACACAGCUUGUCGCAACACAGCAGCAAUUACAAUCCAUGCAAGAGCGCUAUAAUGAGCUCAGCAUGCACCAUUCGAUGCUCCUUCAAGAACUCAUUGGUGUCCAGAAGACUGUCGUCAACCAUGAGCAUGUUAUGCAAUACGUCAUGAACUUCCUGCAGUCGGUUGAUGGUCAAAGGCGAAGAGAAAGUCGCGUCGCCAAUCCCUUCGCGCCGCCAGCUGCUUCCGCUGCCAAUGGCAAGCAGCCACCUCCUGCACCCAUUCCGGAAGAUGAGCCUGCCUCACCGCUACAACACGCUGCGAAAUUGCUGUCAGAAACUAACGCAGACCACAUUCUCAACACUCGCAACCUUGAGCAUAUGAAUGAGAUGUCGCUAAGGAUGAAUUCGGCUCUUACUACACCUCCUCCGGAUUUAGCUCUCAGAAAUGGCGCCAGAAUUGCCAGGGGCGGUCACAAUGGUCCCCAUUCAGCAGCCUCAUCCACAUCCAUGUCUUACGGCGAACUCGAUAAUCUGGUCUACCCCGUCGGUCAGACGAACGGCAUCGAUCCCAUGUUCAGCGAACACAUCCACAACAUUCCUUACGCACUGCCACCUAAGGCUCCUGAACCUGCACCCGCACCUCCAGUCGCCGAUGGAAGAAAGAAGAGCAUGCAAUACGAUCCUGGUUGGGCUAGACAGCCUCAGGUUUUGCUUGUUGAAGACGAUCAGACUUGCAGAAGAAUUGGCGGCAAGUUCUUAUACGCUUUCCACUGCGCCGUUGACAGCGCUCUCGAUGGUCUGGAAGCAGUCAACAAGAUGAACGCUGGCGCAAAAUACGAUCUCGUAUUGAUGGACAUCAUUAUGCCUAACCUGGAUGGUGUCUCGGCCUGCCAUUUGAUCAGACAGUUCGACAACACUCCUAUCAUUGCUAUGACCUCGAACAUUCGCAGUGACGACAUUGCCAUGUACUUCCAGCACGGCAUGAACGAUGUGCUUCCGAAGCCGUUCACAAAGGAGGGACUGCUGAGUAUGCUUGAGAAGCAUCUUGGUCAUCUCAAGAAGUCACCACCACAGAUUGAGGGAAUGCCUCAAGGACCACCACCCCCGCUUGCCCAAGUUGUUGCGAAGAACUCAUUGAAGGCCGAAGAUUCACCCGCCACCUCCCCAGCCACCAUUAGCAACUGGACUUCACCUGGAAACACUCUGGGAAUGUCACCAGCGAACAGUGAAGCCGCCGGAAACGAAUAUGGCAUGGCCGUCCAAGGCCACCCGUCAGGACCCUAUCACAUGCAAUCUGGCAUGCCGCCACCUGGCAUGCCCACACAAGUCAGCUACGGUGGCUCCCCUCGUGGUAUGCCAACAGGUCUCGGACCACAACCUGUCGGCCCACACAGACGUCAAAUAUCUGACAUCUCGGGCGGACCUGGCGAUAUAGGACCGGACGUCAAGAGACAGCAGAUGUUCGGUCCUGGACCUCCACAACAUAUGCCGCCGCACAUGGGCCCAGGUGUGCCCAUGGGACAACCACUACAGAACCCGCUUAACCCUAUGCAUAGAAGACCUGGUUAA